CUUUCAGGUGUUUUGACACGCUCCGGUGCAGCAGUGGGCUGGUAUGGCCUACAGGAAGGUGUGUGACUCCCAGGGGGGCCCUCUUGUGGGGGAGGUGUGCCCCGGGGCCCUGGAGCUGGACUGGGACCUGGAUAAAGAGGAGCUCCCUGAGGCCGGACCAGACCUGGAGAGACUGCAGAUGCAACACGUGGACUGUCCAAGAGCAGGUCAAACACUCGGAUACCUGUAUAUGUGUGUGUGUGUGGACCCAGACCCAGACCCAGACCCAGAGUUCAUGGAGCCCAUCCCUCCGUCCGUCUCGGUCUCUCCUCACGGACGGUUUGAGCGACUUCAGGAAGAUCCAAACUACAUCUCCCACUUCACCAGAGCUCCGGGGAACAAGGGCCAGAGGAGGCUGCACUGCUUCCUGCUCAGGUAUUUAAUUGCGGGCGUGGGUCUUUUUGUCCUGGGCCUCUUGAUUGGCUAUUUCCUCCACUCUCCUGCGUCAGUCAAACCCAAAUCCCUCCCCCCAGAGAGCUCGGACCUGCUGGAGGAGCUGCUCACCAGGAUCACCGCAGAUAAGAUUGAGGCUCUGCAAAGGUCUAUCUCCAGCCAGUCUGAUUCCAGUGAAGAAGCCAGGGCCCGGUACCUGUAUCAUCAGUGGGUGGGGCUCGGUUUGACGGACGUCCAGCUGUCCAAUCACACGGUCCUAUUGAGUUUGCCCGGCUCUGCACCCAAUACCAUCACGGAUCGCUCCAGUCUCCAUUGUUACCUUCCCACCGGAGAAUCAUGUGACCAGGGCAGAGCCAAGGAAGCGUCCAGUGAGAAGUUCUCCUACGCGGCGUACUCAGCUGUGGGCACGAUACAGGGUGGAGUGGUGGAUGUACAGUACGGCAGUGUGGAGGAUCUGAGGAAGGUCAAACAGGACUUGAAUCUAACCAAUCGGAUCGCAGUCAUGAAGCUGGGCCGGGCUCCUCUGCUUUAUAAGCUGUCUCUUCUGUCUGAGCUGGGCUUUGGUGGAGCUCUGUUGUACGUGGAUCCAUGUGAUGCUCCUCAGGGUCAGAACAUGUGGAGCCAGGCCUUCAACGUGACCCUCAACCCCGGAGGAAACCCGGCACGUGUGGGCGUGUCUAAGGAGGUUGUGGGUUCUCUCUCCUCGCUCCUGGUCCAGCCCAUCUCUCCGGUCCUGGCUCAGACUCUGCUCUCUGCACCAACCGCGGACGGCUCUGAGACCUGCGUUCCACUGGCCACGCCCCCAAACACAGAGCCCAAGGUGAUCACCCUGACCGUUGGAAACCAGUGGGCCUACAAGAAGAUCUACAACGUCAUUGGUUAUCUGAAAGGGAAGAAGAAUCCAGACCGAUACGUGCUGGUUGGCAGUCACCACGACGCCCAGCGAGGGGGCGGAGCUUCGGCCAUCCUGACGGGACUCAUCGCGGCCUUCUCGGAUCAGACCAAGAAGGGCCUCAUGCCGGACCGGACCACCGUGUUCUGCUCGUGGGGGGGUUCGGCCCUCGGGAACAUCGGCUCCUACGAGUGGGGAAAGGAGAACAGCGUGGUGCUCCAGAGCAGCGCAGUGGCCUACGUGAGUCUGGACUGUCCGGUCAGAGGCACAGAGACUCUCAGGGCAUCAGCGUCUCCAUCUCUGCUUCAGCUCACCUCUGACAUACACAGGAGGCAGUUGCUGAGCUGUAUCCGAGGAGGGAACUGUCCCGGCCCAAACGUCAGCUCUCUGCAGAUGCCCGGAGACUCCAGCUUCUUCUCCAACCUGCUGGCGGUGCCCACGCUGGAGUUCUCCUUCCAGCAAACUGUCGCCGACCAGACUGAAACCUCCAGUUUGCUGUCAGAGGCCCAGUUCUCCGUGGACUCUCCUCAGAGUCUCGACCCACUCUUCAAGUUCCACGAGACCAUCGCCAAGAUGACCGCAGAGGCCAUCCUGCGUCUGAUGACUGACCCUGUGCUGCCCUUCUUCACCCUGGACAUUGUGCUGGACAUCCAGAACAAACUCAGAGAUAAGUCCUCUGUCCCUCCUGCCCUGCUCUCUGCCGCCUCCUCGCUCAGGGACCACGCAGCGUUCUUCCAGUCUGAGGUCAUGCGCCCGGCCAACGACCCCAAAGAGAGAGACCCUGCCCACGUACGCAUGCUCAACGAUGUGCUGAGGGACGUGGAGAAGAGCUUCAUCCUGCCCAGCGCUCCUCCAGGGAUCUACAGAAACUUGCUGUACAGUCUUCCUGGGGCCCCUCAGUUCUCCAUCCUGCGAUUCCCCGAAGACGCCCUCCUCUCCUGUAACAACGGCAGCCACAUCAGGACCCAAUCCGUGACCCAGGAAGUGUCCGGGCCUUCGUCACGUGACCCGUCCUGCUCCGGAUCCAGGGAGCGGGCCCUGGACCUGAUCCUGGGGGCCGUUCGCUCCGCAGACAGACUCAUCUGCUCUGGACAAGAGCUGUUUGAGAACUACCCGAGUGAACGCAAAUAA